UGAGACACUGAAUUGAACAUCAAACUAUCUCUAGCGUCUACAGCAGCAGCAACUAUUUGCGGGGAAACCAAUUCAACUAAACCUUAAAUCCGUCAAUAUGAAGACAAUCGUACUUUUCGCUGCUCUGCUCUGUGUUUUCUGCCUGUUCCAAGGCAUCAAAGCAGCUCCUGCUGAUGCAGCUGCUCUGGAGGCCGUUGACGCUGAGUUGGCUGUGCUGAAGGCAGAUCCUGCAGUGGAGUUGAGUCGUCAAAAGCGCGCCACUUGUGAUCUGUUGAGCGGAACCGGUGUUAAUCACAGCGCUUGUGCGGCCCACUGCUUACUUCGUGGCAACCGCGGUGGAUAUUGCAAUAGCCGUGCUGUUUGCGUUUGCCGCAAAUGAGUGAAAUUAAACUUUAUUCAUAUUUACUAUUAUAAUGGACAUAUACUAAUAUUACAAAAAAAAAAAACGAUUAAAAAAAUUAAUAAAAUCUUAAAAAAUAUGCUUUUCGUUAAACUUA